GCCGGGGGGGAGGACUUACUUAUCUUCCCCUUUCCAUCUGGAGCCUUUCUACCCUUGUCAGGUGCCUGCCGUUGGUCUGGAAACAGCCGGCCUCGAGGAGGUGCCUCUGGUGUUGCCAUUAAACCGAUGCAAAGGGCAGAUGAGGUCUUUGGAGUCAGAUCUUGGGAGUAAGAUAACAGCUUCUCCAUUAUUGAUCUAAUGGCGUUAGCACGGUAUCGUGCGGCUCGAAUUAAAUUGUCUGGAGCGAGAUCUUGUACUCGAUGUGCUGCUGGAGAAUAAAUGCCAGGGGGCUGGGGUUGGAGUAAGAGCUCCGUAACUCCAGCCUUAUAAGUCCAGCAGGCACUGAGGUUAACUGGGGGGUUGGCAGCAGUGUGCCAGUUUGUCCCACUCAACCCCUACCUUGCCCUAGGUCUCUUCCCCCUGCGACUUGUACCCAGAAGAGAAGAGACCUCCACAGCUCGCCCUGCGGUGGGAUGGGGACAACCUGGGGAGGUGAGAGGGAAGAAGGGCGUCUGAAUGCUGACGAAUGAGCCGCGAUGGAUAACAAAGACUCGGAAGCUGAGAUCCACCCACUGAAGACUGAGGACGUGAAAGUUCAGGAGAACCAUGAAAACUCUGUGGAGAGGAGAAUUAUCAGCAAGCAGUCAUCGCGACUGUCUCGGCUGUCCCGCUGGCGCACGGCCGCCUUCUUUGUCUCCUUGUUUCUCUGUCUGAUAAUUGUGUUUGCUUUCUCCUUUAUCAUUCCUUGCCCGGAGAGGCCAGUUUCAGAAAGAACAUGGUUCCGAAACUACGACAACGCAGUGGCCUACCCGUUUCUUGCUAUAGAAGAUGUGAACCAAGACAAAGUGCAAGAUGUCCUCUUUGCUUUCAAAGCCAGCAACGGCAGCAGCAGCUCCAACAGAACCUGCUUGGAUGAAGGUCUGCCUUCUCCCUGUGCCUUCGUUGCGGCCGUGUCUGGCAGGAACGGCGGAGCGCUGUGGGAGAGGCCUGCUGCUGAGGAGGUGGAGUGGAUGGAGUGUGGCAUCGAGCAGCUGGGGGGGACUGAGGCCCCGGGGUGCCUGCUGGUGGGGAAGCCCGUGUCUCUGACAGCAGUUGACCUACAGACAGGGGAGGUUCGGUGGAGACAGUCCAGUGACUUUGGAGCUAAUUAUACCGUGCUGACUCCCGUGGCAGUGAUUCCAGAUGUGGACAGUGACGGAGUUCAGGACCUGAUGAUCUUUAUUUCUACAGGAGAUAAGAUUAAGACCUUCAUCCAUUCAGGAAAAAAUGGCAAUCAGAUCGGCUCCGCUGGCAGCCUGGACGUGGAUGGGAAAGCUCGUUAUAUCAGGCUGAACCUGGGCUCCUCCUCCUACUUCCUUUUCUAUACAGAAAACUCUCUCUAUGCAUAUUCCCUGAAAGAUCUCUACAGUGCGGCAACUGGGAUGGAGAUUAAGCUUCCCGGCCUUGAGCAAGAUCCUCAGUGGGAGAAGAACAUUGACCGCACCACGCACCACUUAUCCCUUCUCAGCUCCAGAGACAUUCAUUACCUGGUAAAAAUUCCUGGGCAGUCACGAGAGAACAUCUUGGUUGUAAACUCGGAGAUGGCCACGCUGAUCAACACGCAAAAUCUUCAGACUUUGUGGACCCUCAAUGUUUCCCGUGUUGUGAGUGAGCCUCUGCUUGGAUACUACAAACCUGAUGUUCUUGGCAUUGUCCUUGAGAGCGAAAUUGGACCCGACAGAAAGAAGGUGAUGAUUGUUGAGAGCAGAUCCGGAGCAGUCCAGUGGGACCUGAAGCUGAACUGGAGAGCGGAGAGCCCUGGGCCAGCCAUGCUUUCUACCGCUGAUCACCGCUCCGCCUUCCUCAUCUGGGGCGAAUUCCAGGUGGCAGGAAACGAAACGAGACCCAGAGCUCCUCUCCAGAAGCUGUAUCUUUUCCAUCCUUCCUACACUAACGUCCUGUUGGAGCUCCGCAAUAGCACAGACCAAAUAGUUGCAUUCAAUGCCGCGCUGUUCGAGCGCAGCCGCCACGCCUGCUACGUGCUGCUGCGGGGGCCUCAGCCCGGCGAGGAGCCGGGGCCGGUGUCCCUGAUGAAGCGGAAGCUGAAGGAGGACGUCUCUGAGAGCAGGGUGAUCUGGCUGAGCCAGGUGGCGGUGGACAGCGAGCAGUACGUCCGGGAACGCCUCUACAGGAUGCGAUUCCACAGCCGGGCCUGAGCUUGCCAAGGGAUGGGAGGGGGGGAGAGGCUGCCCCGGCCCCCCCAGGCGUCUCCGAGCUGCCUCUCCUCCUCAGCUGUGCUCUUAGCAAACCCAGAUGAUGAAUCCAAACGGGAAGCUGCCUUUCUCCAUCUGCAAACCAAAGCCUGGCUGGCGGGGAAGCAUCCCCCAGCAGCUGGGGACGCCCGGGCUGUGGGGGCAGCGGCCAAGCGUGUCCGUCCCCGGAGCUGAUGGGACUUCAGUCAGUGCCUGGCCACCCCUGAAGUGUCCUCAGCUCGGGGAAGAGGGCUUUCCCCUCCGUCCUGCUGUGCUGACUCAGCCUGCGUCUGGAGGGAGACACGCGCUCGCUGGGGAUGCCGGAGUGGAUUAUUUCUUGGGUGGCGCUUGCGUGAGGAGCGGAGCUUGGGCGUGUGGUGUUGGGUUUCCCUUCUGAGCCAGCUCUCCUGGCUGCGGGAGGGCUGCUGGGCUGCAGGUUGAUUUGCAAUAGCCCUCUCCUGGGUUUGGGGCCCUGCUUUCGGUAGCCAUAGGGUGUGUGUAGUGACAGACCCCAGCUGCAGCUGAUGGUGUGGCUUGGUGUCACCCGGCCCACCAGCGCACAGGUUAAAGUGUUGUUCUACUAAGAAAAUGGCCUUUUCUCCUAAGAACAGCCCCGUGUGGCCCAGUCUGCAGUCACCUCUGUCUUGUCUCCUCUGCUGCUUCCUCUCCAGCCAGGCUGCGCGGUGGUGGUGACACAGGAAGGGAGCUGGUCUCCCCCCUGAGUGAUGCAUCAACCACCUGGCUCCAGGCUGGAUGGUCCCUACCGGUACGGACACCACCCCUCCUGCUGGUUUUGAGGUGCCAGGGGAUCUAGGGUAUGUUUUCAGAGUAGAACUGCAUUUUAACCUUGUCUGGGGGCUGGACUUGCUGCUUUAGGGGAGCCCUGUACGUGACUGGCGAUGCCAGCUCUCCUGCAAAUGCUCUUUCAGCCUUGCAGCUGCUGAGGAGCCUUCUCCAAGCCCUGUCCCCUCUGCCAGGAGGUGGGCAGGCUGGAGGACAGGCAUGAGCCUCUCGGGGACACAACACAAGCUGUCUCUGCCCGUGGUUCCCUCUCUGCCCUCCGAAUGGGUGCUGGGUGAGGAUUUUUGGGUGCUGUUCUCUCUGUCCAGCCCGAGGUAGUGGGACAGGUUGCUGUGAGAAGAUGAUGUCUCCCCUGGAGGCUUCUGUAGAGUGUUGCGUAUGCUCUGCCCCGUUCCUUGGUGGGCCCUAGUGUAGAAAUGAGGUGCAAAGCCUGGAAAACGGUUUGGAUCGGCUGCUCGGUCCGUCCUGGAAGCCACAGUCCAUCCCCACACCAGCCACACGGAAACAGGAGCCCUGUCCCUGUGCUGCUGGGCGUCCCUCUGACUGGUGAGAGGGAGGUGGACAGAAAACACACCCCUUAAAAACAACCUCUCUCCAGCUCUGCGGUGCCGGAGGGCAUUUGGCCAUCGCCUCCCUCCCUUGCUCAGGCUCAGUUCGGGUGUGGUGUGUGUAGAAAUACUGCAGGAUGAGAAAUUCAUGCCAGGUUGUGCAGGGUCAAGCAUUGGUUCUUCUCUUGUGGCAAGUGCUGAGGUUUAACCUGCUGCGGGGCAGCUCCGGCACCCGGUGUCACCCAGAGCUUCGGCUCUCCCAGCCUUGCAGCAAAAUGAGCUGGAGCAUCACUGCUCUGCCUGGGUGCUCACCUCCUGCUUCCAGCUGGCCCCGGGAGUUGCCUAAAGGGUGCCCUGGCUCCCUCUGUCCCCUGACCCGUAGCUGGGGCAGCCAAGGGAGCCAUGUGGGGUGAGUGCUGCUAGUCUCCACCGCUGGUGGAGCCCAGUCCUGAGGUGCCCGGGCUGUGCAGGAAGCUGGGGGUGCUCCUGGGAGAGCACUCCACAACCCCCAAACCAUCCCACGCUCAAAAUGCUGGCUUUCCCCCUCUGUUUCUCUCUUCCCAAGCUGUUUUCUGAGCGAGUCUGGGGGUGCAGGGAGACUCCCCUGCCGUGUCCCCUAGCUUAAGUCACCUCUUUGCUCAGCAUGAUAACAGACCUGAAGCCCAGCAGCCUGUGCCAGCAUUUUGGGGACCCCAGGCUGUGCCAGCACCGCAGAACCCGGGUGGGCAGGGCUGGGGAAAGCCUGGCAGUGGGAGCCCGGGGUUUGCGUGCUGGUCCCAUCUCUAUGUGGGAUGUGGACUGUAUCCCACUGAAAUUCCUUGGGCAGGGAGCAAGAUACCCGGGCUCUAUUCUCACCGCAAUCACAGCAUCUGGGUUCUCUCACUCCUCCCAUCCCUGCCCAGACCUGACACGUCCCGUGGGCACACUGAAUGUUCCUCCAGGAGAGCUGGAUUUUCAGCUUUUGGUGGGGGGGGAGGGUGCUUUUCUGGCUUUAAGUUGUCCAUUAAUGUUUCCAGAUACUUUGGGAACGCAGAUUUCCCUCUGGCAGCUCAAUUCAACGCAUCAGUGCCAAACCAGCAUCUUCUUAACAAAACAAGUCCCGUUCCCAGCUUAUUUCCCUGUGUAAUUGGUUUUUUUGCAGUAUUUAAUGAAUGACUUUGUGCCUUGAUUCAAUAACUCAGCUGGGUGAUGAUGGCAUAUAUCACUGUGUUAUGUAUUAGUGUGUUUUUUAACACUAAGACUGUUUGGUUUGGUUCUUUAACUUAUUGCAAGUUGUGCCCGAUAGGACUUGGUCUAACCGGAACCGUUCCAAUAAAUCCUCUUUUGCAUUGUUUGUAAA